AUGAAGAAGAAAGAGGAAGAAGAAGGAGGAGAAGGCAAUGAUGACAUAGAGGGAAAAGAAAAAGGAGGGGGAAAAGACGAAGAGCAAUAUACCCAACUUCUGCUUGAAUUGGCAAGUUGGAUCCAUUGGCAGAAUGGCAGUCGAAGAGGAGGAAAUACUUCUGUAAUUGUACCAGAAGGGGGCCGACAAAUUAUCCUAAGGUCUAUCAACAUCACAUUUAAUGUUCCUGAAAUAUGUGAUCUCUCUGUGUCAGUGUUCAAUCCCCACAACCAUAUCCUCUUCAUUCAAUGUCUUGCUGGGCACAUCAGAAUAGGAGGUUCACAUAUUGAUGCUUUUCCACUUAAGAUGAACCAAACUAGCCUUUGGUUGCCUGAGAACAACAAACACUCUUCCCAGGAUCUGGGAUUUGGUGUUCAUACGUCUUCAGACAAUAUCACUUCUCUAGUGUUUGAUUUCGGGGAUGGUACAGUAGUUCAAGUCAGCAUCCAAGACAGGUCUGAUGAAAUAGAAAUCAUUACUUAUCACCAAUAUAGAAAAGAGGGCACAUAUAGGAUCAAAGUGAUUAUUUUUAAUGAGUUUCAUAGAAAUGAAAAGGAGUUAGGCCCAUAUUAUGUAAAAAUAUCUCAAGAAGAUUUGAGGGUAUUCAUGAAUUCUAGCAGUGUCCAUAAGGAUGAAGUUCUACUUUUUGUUAACUCCUUACAAAGAACAACAACUAGAAAAUCCAUUGUUAUACAUAAAUUUUCAUCUAUUUCUUCAUAUAAUGUAUUCCUAAUGGUUCCAAACAAAGCAAAUGGCUGUCAAGAUUGGAUCAAUGUGAAUAUUCAGUAUCAAAUGCAAGCUGUUUCUAUCUUUACAAAUGGCACAGUGUUUGCCAGUGAUUCUGAGGUCACAUUUUUUGUUCAUACAAAUGAAAUGAGUCCUCUAGAGUUUGUUUGGCAUUUUGGAGAUGGUUCAUGGACAAGGACAACUUCAAGAAGUGUUAAAAAAAGAUACAGUGUUCCCAAGAAGUAUUCUGUGAUAGUUAAUGCUGUCAAUCAGAUCAGUUCUGUUGCCUCUAACAUUCACACUAUCAGUAUAGAGAGGAAAAUUGUUCCAAAUCGGCUUGUGUCCAGCUCGUCAGCUCUAAUAAACUCCAGUGUGAGUUUUGAGUGCAGAAUCAACUUUGGUACAAAUGUUACUUAUAUUUGGAACUUUGGUGAUGAUACUAUCCAUCCUGGAAAAUGGAUUGAGAGUCACAUAUAUACAAGGGAAGGGGAAUUUACAGUGGAGGUUCUUAUCUUUAAUAGUGUCAGCAUUGCAACUCUAAAAAAGCAAGUUUUCAUCGUGUCCAAACCCUGCCAGCCACCUUUGGUGAAAAACAUGGGGCCUGGGAAAAUACAGAUUUGGCGACAUCAACCUGUUAAGCUUGGAGUUACUUUUGAAGCUCCCAUUCAGUGUGAUAUUUCCCAAGGCCUUAACUAUAGUUGGUCCUUAAUGAAGUCUGAUGGCUCACUAGUGUUGCUUCCAACUGCUCUCAACAAGCACGGACAAACCAUUCUUCUUCCCGGCUACUUUUUGGAAUAUGGAAACUAUACUGCACUUGCAAAGGUUAAAAUAGAAGGCAGCGUGGUGUAUAGUAAUUAUUCAGCGGUUAUUGAGGUGGUUUCCCAGUCACCUGUCAGUGUGAUUUCAGAGGGGACCCACCUGUUGAUCUCUAAGACCCUUUUUUCCAUUGUUGUACUCAACGGUUCACAAUCCUUUGAUCCUGAUUAUCCUGGAACUCAUUUAAAGUAUUACUGGAAAUGUGUCCCGGCAAGUAAACCAAAACACACAUGUUUCAACUCUCCCAAGUUCAACAAUAGUGCAUCAGUCAUUUCUUUCCCAGCAUCACUUCUUUAUGACCCCUAUGACCAAUUUUUAGUGACACUGAUGGUGUCUAAUGGAAACCGAAACUCUUCUGAAGCACAGGUGUUCCUGUCAGUUCAAUCAAGUUCUACAUUCAGACCACUCCACAUUUCUUGGGUCAACUUUAAAGACAAUUCUGUGAACUGGAAUGAAGAAUUUUCUCUCCAAGUGAAGUGUGAAGAAUGUACCAAGUUGCCUAACAUUUCUUAUUCUUGGGAUCUUUUUUUAAUCAAUGCAACAGAAACAAAUGGCAUGGAAGAGAAUAUCAGUAUCACAGAACUAAAUGAAAAUGAAGAUAUAGACACUAUGUUUGACAAUGAUGAUGGUUACAAUCUAAUUGAUUCAUCCUACUCCACUGAAAAUACUGCACCCUUGCUUAUGGUAGAUUGGUCCAAAUCAUUAAUUAGCAGAACUGUUUUUCAAAGCUACACAUCUUCAGGUAUCACAUCAAAAACUGUUACAUUUAAACCAUUUUUCCUGAGAGGUGGAGAGACAUAUGUGAUACAAGCUUCUGUAGUCUCAAACCACAAUCCAUUAGGCAAAGCACAAUUAUAUUUUACUGUCAAUGAAGUUCCAAAGGAGAUGUCUUGCCAAGUACAGCCCAGUCACGGUUAUGAGGUUUAUACAGUCUUCAGUGUUUUCUGCAUGUCUGGGAAAGCAGACUACUAUUAUGAAUUCAGUUACCAAAUAGGAAAAUCCUCCAAAAUACCUUUAUAUAGAGGGAGAGAUAUACAAUAUUACUUCACUUUGCCUGCUGGUGAAAUUAUGGACAAAUACAAAGUAACUGUCUUUAUGGAGAUCACAAACAGAUAUGGCUCUAAAUCUCAUCCUUGUGCUGUGAAUGUGACAGUACUGCCAAGUUUCCAUAGGAACGGAUCAUCUUUGAAUUACAGGCCAGAAGAGGAUCUGUAUAAUUCAAGUCUUAAAAACCUAACCACUCUCCUACUUAUGGGGAACUAUGGAGAAAUUAGAAAUUACAUAAUAAUGUUAACUAAAAUUCUGAAUCAUUUCUAUGCAGAAGAUCAAAGUUAUGUCUUUGACCUACAGUCACAAAUGAGGAAUUUAUUGAUUUCUUCAGUAUGCAGCUUAUCUUUCCAAGACCAGGAAGAAAUUGCUGAUUCUAUUCUAAUGUUGAAUGAAUUAAUAAAUAUCUCCAAGCAGGUAACAUUUAACAGUGUGGUUUUGAUAAUCAAAUAUGUCAGAAAAUUAAUUGACCACAAGUUAUCUGGCCAAUUUGUGAUGAAAAAGGAGCUGAUGUCUAAGGUGGUCUUUCUAGCAUCAAAGUUAAUGGAGGUGAAAGAAAAGGAAAAAUCUAGGAAUGCAAAGCAUUUCAAAGAAGAACUCAUUACAAGCAUUGUAACCUUGCUACUGAACUAUGUUUCUUCAAGUAAGGAAUUUCAGUUUAAUAUUAGAACUGAGCAGUUGGGAUUCCAAACCAGACUAUAUUACACUUUUCACAACUCUGUUGAACAUAUUGGCUCUGUUAAGGUCUAUUUACCAGAUGCUCUACAUGAGGACAUUUCUGAUAGAAUGGAAUUGCAUAGCCAGUGCUACAUCAGCCAGCUAAUAUACUUCAAGGAAUAUCCAUAUUUGGAAGAGAGAGUUCCUGUUCAGAUCAGUGGAGCUGUGGUUGCCCUGAGCCUCUACAACUGCAUUACUAAAAAGAAAAUCAUGAUAAAAAGACUGAAGCGUCCAGUCAGAGUAGUAUUUGAGAAUAAUUAUGAUCUGGAUGGUGGGCAAAAUAAAACAAUAUUUUCAUUGUAUCGGGACAAAAUGAACUUCCAUUAUUUCUCUGGGCUUCCUGAGGCCUCCCAGGAAUCUUUACAGAUAGUGGUGGAAUUUUCUAAAACCAACAGAAGAACUUUCCCCAUAAUGCUGCUUGUCAGAUUCUCUGAAAAACCUACUGUGUCUACUUUUAACAUAAAACAGAUUCGCUCCUGGGAUGAGCAAGUUGUUCAGAUUUAUAUACCUGCUGCUUCCCUGAAAGAUGCAUCAUUUGGUUAUUUAUCCUUGUUGGAUGCUAAUUAUGACCAAAAGCCUACAAACAAAUACCUAGCUAAUCCUGUGAACUAUACUGUCAGUUUCCACUGGAUCCGAUGCCUGUUUUGGGAUGAGAACAGAGGAUGGAUAUCAGAGGGUUCUUAUCCACAGCAGGGAACUACUCCACAAAUAGUUAACUGCAGCUACAAUCAUUUCACAACAUUCACUGUUGUAAGAAGAAAACUAAAUUCCAACUUUGAAGUGAAUGAUGCAUCUCUUUUAAAGAGCAUCUCACAAAACCUGUUCCCCAGCAUUCUUGUUAUGUUUUUUAUGCUUCUUUUUGCUUUUUUGGCCAUUGUAAGCAAACACAGAGAUCUACAUGAACAAAAGAAGAAUGGCUAUAUUUUCUUACAGGAAAACUCCCAGGCUAGCGACAAGCAGAUCUAUGCAGUUAUUAUUGACACAGGUUUUCGAGCCCAAGCACAAUUGACUGCAAAGGUUCACAUUGUUUUCUAUGGAGAAUAUGAAUUUUCGGAGACCAGAGAGCUUUAUUGUCCAGACAAGCCCCUGUUUGAAAGAAACUCCAGGCAUACUUUUAUAGUAAGUAUUCCAAAUAAUCUAGGCCCACUUUGGAAAAUCCACCUUUGGCACGAUAACAGUGGAUGUUCUCCAAGUUGGUACAUCAGCCAUGUGAUUGUGAAAGAUCUAAUCACUGGAGCAAGUUGGUUCUUUCCUGCUGAAUGCUGGUUAGCUGUGAACAAGUGGGCAGGGAAAGUUGAUCGAGAGCUUGUUCCUCUCAGAAAUGGACUUGGUUUCAAGAAACUUUUGUAUUCCAAAUUCACUGAGUACCUAGAAGAUUUUCAUAUGUGGAUAUCAGUAUAUAGCCGUCCAUCCUAUAGUUGCUUCACUCAUACUGAGAGGCUUAUAGUUUGCCUUUUCUUGGUAUUUGGCUAUAUGUCUAUCAAUGCUGCAUUGAUUGUCAUGGAACAAGAAGAGCAAAACACAUUGGAGGAAUUUAUUUUGGAGGCUUCCCCUGGAAAUGAGAAUGAGAAGAAAGAAGGAAGUGGCACUUCCUCUCCCAGAUAUUCCAGGCAUUUGGAACCCUACAAUAGGUUAGAAGAACCCGCUCUGCAAAAACGGAUGGUUCUUCCUCUUUGGUUGUCCCACAUAGCUUGGAUCACUUGUGGGCUAGUUUCUGUGGCUUGUGGGUUGGUGACAGGACUGCUAGGAUACAGGUUUGCUCCUUCAAAGUGUGUCCAGUGGAUUCAUUCAGUAUUCUUUUCCAUUGUGGGCUGUAUUUUUGUUGCCCAGCCACUUGUGAUAUUCUUUGUGGCUUUGACCCUAGCUUGGAGAAAAAAAGACCACAAAGGUUUCUUUAUUGAGGCAUUAUAUGAUGCAACCAAGAACCUUGAAUAUGAAUUGCAUCAUUUUUCCAAGAAUUGUACCCUGUACCCUUCAUAUUGUUGCAUUCCCAACACUGCAGCUGACUUUGAAAAAAUAUUAGUGGCCCGUCAAAGAGCACGUUAUUUACAGUGGGUUCACCCACCAACUUCAGCCCAAUUGAAAGAAGCCAGAGGAAGAAUUAGAAAAGAAGUUCUCUUACAAACAGCAAUAAGAAACUUUUUCACGUAUAUAUUAAUGUUGUUUUUACUUUUAUUUAUCAUAUUUGGAAAAAUUUCCCAUCAUGAAUAUGUUCUUAAUCAAGCCAUCCGUAAUGAAUUUAUAAGAAAUGCCAGAAACUCUUUCAUUGAAGUGAAGAAUGCUGAUGAUUGGUGGAAUUGGAGUUUGACAACUUUAUUGGAUGGCCUAUACUGGGAUAAACAUAGUAUUAAUAUGCCAGAGACUCAGUUUGGACCCCUUGGAGGGAAAUGCCAUCUGAUAGGUACUUCAGUAAUUAGACAGCUAAAGUUCACCGGACAAUUUACAAUUCCUGUUGAAUUUUCUUCUCUUGUACAUCAGCCUGGGAAUCAAGAUAAUAAAAAUGUUCUUCAAUCAGACCCAGAAAAACUGAACGUGACCCAGACCAAAAGAUGCCUCCAUUGUGAUCAAGUAGAAAAUGAAGAUGGCAAAUUAUCUGUCGUGAAUCUGGGCAAAACAAGGGACAGGGCUUACUCAGUUCUGAUCAACCUAAGGAAUAGUGGGUGGAUAGAUAAAAGAACCAGGGAGAUCUCUAUACAUUUUGCCCUCUACAACCCUCCUACCAAUCUUUUCACCAGUGUGUCCUUGUUGGCAGAAGUAUCAUCCAUGGGUGACUUCAUUACAUCAUCCGUUGUGGAGUCAUUUAGCAUCUAUCAUACCCAGUCUGCUAUGAGUUACUGCAUCAUGUUUUCUGAGUUGGUUUUCCUGUUAUUUAGUCUCAUUCACCUCUGCUUUCAAAUGUUCACUAUGAUUCGGAAAGGGAUCCUCAGCUACUGGCAAGACUCAUGGAAUUGGCUAGAGAUGUGCCUAAUUGGGACGAGUCUUUCUUACUUUGCACACUCCAUUUUUCAUUUUAUCCUUGUGGUGGAUGUGAUUGAUCAAUUUCAUAAGGGAUUUUUCCAAGAAUUUGUGGACUUCAAUCUUCUUUUAUCCUGGCAUCAGAGGAACCGAUGUCUUCAAGGAAUCCUUUUAUUCCUCUUGUUAAUAAAAUGUCUUCGUCUUCUUGGCAUUUACAAAGCAAUUGUUCCAAGUUUGACCAUGAUGCGACUGUCCUUCUCCAACAUUAUUUGGCCAAUGCUGGCUGGCGUCCUGUUUACAGCAGCCUACUCAUACCUUGGGCGAAUUCUGUUCUCAACUCAUGCCUUUCCAGUUAGAAGCUUUGGAGACUCCUUCCAAAUGCUGUUGCUGUAUUUUCUGGGAACCAAUGAGAAGGGAACAUUCUUUAGUCUUUACAAGUCUAAUCAGUAUGCCACAGUUUAUUAUUAUGGGACCCUUUUCAUGGCAGUGAUCAUAUUGUGGUCUGGAAUAUUGAGAGGAGUCCUUAUUUCUUUUAUGCAAAAUGCAAAACGAUCUUUUCGAAGUCAGCGUCUGGUGAGAUUCAAAGAUGUCGCUGAUCGUACUGGGGAAAAGUUGCUCUGCUUUCUGGGAAUAAAAAGACCAGUGGUAGCAUUGGAAAGGACUGUGGAGAACAGUAGUUUCUAUCUGGAUGAAUUUGAAAAUUUGUUGGAUGAACUUCUGUUGAGAAUUAAUGGAUUAUACUACAGUCUUCAUUGUUCUUCUCUAGAAAAACCAGCUAGUGACCAAGAAGAGGUGGAAUGAAAGGACAAGACUCUAGCUUACAACCCAACCUCAAGUCAACUUCUGUCUGUGGAAAGCAAUACAUAGCUUUGUCAUUUGCAAAAUCAUAUAAGUCUUUAGAUCCUUGGUAGUAGACUCUGAUAAUGAUGGUCAUUUUUCUUUGAGGUUAUUGGGAUUGUGUGAAGUCAUUAGCUUUCUAAAUCCUAUGACCCUUUGAUAUAAAAGACAUUACUGUAAAUAUAAAAUUAAAAGUAAGCUUUGACUUGCUCAGAAAUUUAGAACAUUUUCAUAAAUAAAAUUUUUACAUUGUUUAUUCCCAGUAAUAGAUUAUAAACUCUUUGAGAGCAGGGACUUUGUGAGUGUUUGUCUUUGUAAUCCCAAGGCCCUAGUUUAGUAAAUGUGUUGAAUUGGAUAUCCUCAUAUUAACAACAUUUACAUCUUUUUCAUGUGAGCAUAUUAUAUUAUUUCCUGGGGAGAACUGUUCUACUUUGAGAGAAUUGGAAGUAGGAUAGCCAGUUUUUUCUUGUCUCUGAUUGGUAAAAAGAGGGCAUCCGUGAAUGAAAUUACAUAGACGAUAGCACCUAUCAAUUCCAUACCUCAUUUUUUUCUGUUGUAUCCUAGGUGUUCUUAAUCUAUAGUCUAUAACUUAAAUUUUUUUAUAACCACCCUUCAAAAACCUGAUUUUCUUUGUAAUCCCAUGUAUUAUUUUAUUCAUUUAAAACAUCAUUCCAAGAAAUGUUCUACAGGUUUCACUAGAUUGCCAAAAGGGGCUUAUGACACACAAAAAGGUUAAGAACUCUUGGACCUAAAUGAACACUCUUUUCUGUGCAGAACACAGGAUGCAGUUGUGCCAGGAAUUGGAGAGAUCAAAGGGGAUGACUGGAGGGAGUUGCAGGGGAGCUAUUCCUGUUGGAGAUUAGCAGCAAUUAAGAUGCCACAGUAGUUGUCAUAGUUGAGACUGGAGAAGGGGAAGAAGGUUGUGGUUCAAACAGAUCUAAGCAAGGAAAUAGGAAGCUAGACAGAAGUUAAAUUAGAAGUCCCCAAAGAUAAGCUAGCUAGAGGUCUAGGCACAAAACUUUAUAUUAAAACCAAGAACGAAAUGUCUGAACUAGAAGAUCUGCAUAAGCAUGAUAAAUGAGAAAAAAAUGUUUAGAAAAAUUACACAUGUUUAAUCUAUAUUGAAUUAAUUCCUGUCUAGGGGAGGAGGGAAAUGGGGAGGGAGGGCGAAAAAUUUUGCAAGAAUGAAAGUUGAAAACUAUCUUUGCAUAUAUUUUGAAAAACAAAAAGCUAUUGUUAUUAAAAAAAAAAAAAAAGACCUGUAUGAAGCAAAGUCAGCAUGACUCCAUGACAGCAGAAGCACAAAGCUUCUCUACUAGAAAUUAGCCUGAGACAGUAUUGUCUUAUAGUAUCAGGCAAGCUGCCUUCUCAUUCAGCUGUGGUAGCUGUAGCUAUGUGUAGACACAUAGAAUUUUAUAAAUUUAUUCACGUAUGUAAAAAUACUUUAAGAUUUACAAAGAGCUUUCCUCAGAAAUAACCCCUUGAAGGAAAUAGCACAAAUGUAACUAUCCUCAUUCAAUAGAUCAAAGAAUGGAGAUGGAGAAAAGUAAAAUGACUUGAUUAUGAUUAUCCAGGAAAUAAGUGUCAGAGCUGGAAUUCCACACCUGUGUUCUCAGUUAUACAUGAAGAUGAAAUUCAUGACUCAUCGUCAAGGACUUUGGGUUGUAUUUUUAGGGUUAACAGUCUUCACAUUUGAUAAUUCCCAUUUAAUUGUUCUAUUCAUUGAGAAUCAACUGCUCAGCAAUUACAAUCCAUUCUUUUUAGCUUCAGGUGAGCCUCCUUUUCUGUCCAAUUCUCUCAUUUACCUCUUAUUGACUCCAAUAGGGCUGUUCACAACCUUCUGCUAACACUCUUUUAAACCUAUACUCCUAAUUAAUGAUCUCAUUAACUCCUUUUCUGAGAUCUUGAGGCUGUCAGAAACUUCUUCACUAUCCAUGUUUCAUUUCUACUCACUGUGUUCUUUUCCAGCUUCUUUUUCCUCUCUGGUUUCAGAGUAAAUGGAUAGUCAUUCUCCUUGGCAAGGCUAAUUCCUCUCUUUCUGCUAUCAUUCCUAUCCCUUUCUGUGUCCUCUGUGAUUUUAUUUCUUUGGUCUCUACCUUGCUACUUAUUUCUUCCUUUAGUAUACAAAUGUGCUUAACUCAAUUCCAAUUCCCUCUUCAUAACAAAAUUAUAUGGCUUUUCCCCAUUUUCUUUGACCCCACCUUGAUACUAUUGUUAUGUGCUUCCCUUUUGAAUAGUCUCUUUUCCUUUGAUACUUGUGACAUCUCAGUUUUUCUGAUUAAGAAAUCAGACCAAAAAGGGGAAAAAAAGAGAAAGAAAACAAAAUGCAAAUCCUUUUUGAUCUCUGCUAUCUGCACUCAUCCUAAUCUAUAUCUGGCCACUUGACCUGCUCAGGAGGAGAAAGUGAGGCAGGUGACCUUGCACAGUCUUCUCUCAUUUAAAUCUAAUUCAUGUCCAUGUCAUAGCAUCACGUCCCUGAAGUUAUAGUUCUCUUUGAGAAUGAAAUGGUUCUCUUUGAGAACAAACAACAAAAUUUAGGAUUCAACAAAAUGAUCCAAGACAAUUCUGGAGAACUUAUGAAAAAUGUUAUAUACUUCUAGAGAAAGAACUGAAGUAGUUUCUAUACAGAUCAAAGGAUAAUUUUUUAUUUUGUUUUUCUUGGGGUUUUUUGUAUCUGUGUUUUCUUUUAUAACAAGGCUAACAGAAAUAUGUUUUUCAUGACUGCAAUGUGUAAUUAUAUCAAAUUGCUUGUCUUCUCAAGAAGGGUAAGGGGAGAAGGAGGAAGUCUGGAAUUCAAAAAAAAUUUUAAAUGCAUGUUAAAAAUUCCUUUACAUAUAAUGUGAGAGAUUUUUAACAAAAUAAAUAAUGAUAUAUUGAAGAAAAAUAAUAUAGAUAUAAGGUCUGAUUCUUCAUUCCCUCCUUUAUUCCCUCCAUUAUUUUUACUUGGUAAGAAGAGGUAAGAGAUAAUAUUCUAGGGAUUACUGAUUAUUUGGGACUACUAAACUGACACCGUUGAAGGAAAAGAAAGAAAAGGAAAGUCAAUAAUGGAGAAGAGAAAGACCUUGCAAAAAUGGUAGC